AUGACUACCCUGUAUGUGAACGGCUCUGUGCUGUGGAUGGGCUUGGCGCUCCUCUUGUACUGGAACUUCUUCACGUACCUGACACAGGCGUCAGCAGCGGUGAUGUGGGUUCUUGCAACGGUUGCCAUUACCAACGCUGUGAGAAAANUUCUGCUUGCUGUCGAGUGGGUGUGUGGUGUCAGCGCGAGUGACACGCCUGGGGCAGGGACAUCCGCCGUCAACGUCGUGUUCGACAGCAGCUUCGUGGGUUCAGUGUUCAACCUCGUGGCCCUCAUCAUCUUCUCAGGGGCGAAGGCAACGGCGGCAUGGCGCGACGCGCUCGUUACUGCUGUUGCGGUCAGCUGUUGGGCCUCGUGGGUGGGCCGGCAGACAGCCGCAUGGCCACACCGACCGGACUUGCGCUUCCGCGUCUUCGCUUUCGUUUCCGGCUGCCUGGCGCUCUUCACAGCGGCGCUGCUUUGGUCUUUCUUCGCCACGAGCCCGCGGCCGCGUGAUGAAGCGGAAGAGGUUAUCUUCUACACACUAAUUGUCUGGGCCGCAACAGUGUCGGUCCAACUACUGCAGUGCCUCACCUUCGAUGUGCUACACGUGCUGUACGCUACCGUACGUCGGGGGCGCCACGGGAGUGAGUUCGACCCGAUGGAGCAAGUGGGCCUGUCGGUGCGCAGCUUCGCGGCCGGCCUGUCGUUCUGUGCGGCCGUCACGUACUGCCCCGAACGGGUCGUGACGCUCAUGCAGCUGACGGUGGUGCGCCGCUUCUACGGCGUGGUCAGCGCAAUGUCGACGCUACACCGCUUCAACGACGCCUUGCGGUCCUUUCCAGAAGUGAGUAUGUCGGGGUACUGCGUCAUAUGCAUGGAGCCUGUCAAGACGUGCGAGCGGGCGCGGAAGCUGCGCUGUGGGCAUGUCUUCCACAGCCGCUGCCUGCGUCGGUGGCUGAUGCGCGCUGACCACUGCCCUACCUGCCGCCACCCCACACAUUUGCAGCAGGAAGACACGGUGGCAUCAUUCGGCAUCGGCCUGGAUCACCGAAAUGUACAGGAGCAGCGGCCGCGCACCUCACAGGACGCUGCGGUGCAAACGAUGUUUGAGCUGGAGUAUGUCGAACGGCCCAUGACAUUCCACGGUUCGCUGCAUCCGCUGGUGCGCCACAGGAACGCCGUAGUAGAGGCCGCAUUGGCGCUUGGCGACAGCGGUGGAGGCAUCGGAAGCAGCGGCGGUAGUAGCAUCAGGAUAAUUAACAACAGAAGUAACUUAGUAACAGGGUUGCAACAGACGGCGUCAUCGCCGCUGCCGCACCGAUUUCCUGUGGCGACAGGGCCGCAUGAUGAGUCACCAACCACAGAACCACCCGCCGCCCCAACAACACUGCCGGCGGUGGAAGCAGAAGUAGAAGUAGCCGCAGUGCCUGACGAGUUUGCCGACAAUCCCAUCGCUCAGCGACUGCCGCCAAAACCGCGGCGGAAACGGCGGCACGCCGCCGCACAGGAACGUAUAGGCACCCCUGGCACCAGCGACAGUGCUGGCACGACCAAUACCAAUGGCGCUACCAAGAAUGGCGGCAUCUACAGAGGCGGUAGUGAGGUGGGAGUGGAUCCUCUGCCGCGUAAACGAACAAAACUGGAAGAAGAUGAAGCAAGAAGCUCAUGA